CCGUUAGCAGGCUCUUAAACAUCAGAAGUUGGAAAUGUGGUUAAGGAGCAUUCUAGUGUUUUUUGCUUUAAUUUAUGGUGGGAGAUCCGAGGACUGGACAAAGAUGGCUAAAGAUGAACUUGACAACGCCCUCAAAAUCAAACCUAACACAGGAUUUGCCAAAAAUGUUAUCGUGUUCAUAGGGGAUGGAUUGGGUAUUUCCACAAUUAAUGCUGCCCGGAUUUAUAAAGGUCAGAAGCAAGGUAACCCGGGGGAAGAGACUGUCUUAGAGUGGGAAAAAUUUCCAAACGCCGCCUUUUCCAAGAUAUAUGGAUCUGAUAAACAAGUUCCAGAUUCAGCCCAAACGGCAACGGCUAUUUUAGGAGGAGUCAAGGUCAAUUAUAAGACGGUUGGGGUCACGGACAGUAUCAAGGGUCAAGACUGUGCGAAAUUAGUAGAAUUAGGGGAUUCUGCCAAAGUAAAAUCUGUCAUAAGAAAAGCCCAGGAUGAUGGUAAGUCUACAGGAGUCGUGACCACGGCGCGGAUCACACAUGCCACUCCGGCCUCCACCUAUGCGCACUCGGCCCACAGGAAUUGGGAGUCGGACGCCGACCUCACCCAGGAGGCGAAUGGAGUAUGCCGUGACAUCGCCUACCAGCUAGUGCACAGCAACAACGACAUACAGGUAUAUCUUGGAGGAGGGCGGAGAGCGUUUUAUCCCAAAAACUUUUCUGACCCGGAAACAGGGGCUACUAAUGUAAAUAAAAGACUGGAUAACAGGAACUUGGUUGAAGAAUGGCAAGCGAUACAGACUGCGCAGAACCGGAAGCAUAAAUAUGUCUGGAAGAAAGACGAUUUCGAUAGCAUCGACGAGAAAGAUGUUGAUUAUGUUCUGGGGUUGUUUAGUCCAUCGCAUAUGGCCUACGAAAUCGAGCGGAAUAAUUCUGGACAUGGCGAACCUUCUUUGACGGAAAUGACAUCAAAAGCCAUUAAAAUUCUUCAGAAAAAUAAAAAAGGAUUCGUCUUGCUUGCUGAAGGCGCAAAAAUAGAUAUAGCUCACCACGACAGUCUCGCAAAGAUAGCGUUAGAAGACACUCUUGAGUUCGAGAGAGCAGUGAAAGAAGCCGUUUCUUUGACCAAUCCACAGGAAACUCUUAUCAUUGUAACUGCAGACCAUUCUCAUGCCUUUUCAUUGGCUGGUUACACUAAACGAGGAAAUGACGUCUUAGGCUUGGUGGAUGAUGAAGCUGUUGAGAUAGAACCUCCUUUGGACAAAAAACCUUACACAGCUCUUGUAUACGGCAAUGGUCCGGGCUGGAAUGAAGACAGACAAAACCUAACAGGAGUUGCUACAGAUGCUAAUAACUACGUCCAACAGUCUGCUGUACCGCUGGCAUACGAGACUCACAGCGCGGAGGAUGUCGGGAUAUUUGCUCAGGGUCCCAUGUCACAUCUUCUUCAUGGCGUUCAUGAGCAGCAUUACAUUGCCCACGUGAUUCAGUAUGCUUCAUGUAUUGGUGAUUACAGAGACAGUUGUGAUAAAGAAUCCAGACUCACUAGUGAUUCCAAAUCCCUGGGCCCCACUCUAUUUCUUUUGUUCCUUUCUUCUUGUAUUCAAAUUUUCUUCUAACGUACAUUAUAAUCAGCAAAGUUUUAUCAUAUAAACUUCAUGCAUGUAUUUUGAAUCAAAGCUUAGAAUUCCACUAAUAAAAACAAAAAACCUAUAGUCCCCUCCGGUUUCACCGGUAGGGGACUAAUAAAAUAGAUUUUUGAUAAAAUCUCAAAAAAAACAUGCACGAAAGUCUUAUGAUGAGAGAUACAAUAUAAUGGCUUAAAUCUGGAUCUUUAAUAAAUACUGAAUUGUCACAUUUAAGGAUAUGUACAUGUAUAUACAUGAUAAAAAUAUGUGUAUAUUCCUCAGAACUUUGCUCUGAGCUAAUGAGUAGGCUCUGGUUUAAAGCAGAAUUGAUGAUGGAGGACCCCGCUGUCAAAGGAAAUGUAACUUUGUACUUGAUACAUGUGCUUUAUUAUUAGUCCCCUACCGGUGAAACCGGAGGGGACUAUAGGUUUCCUCUGAGUCUGUCCGUCCGUCUGUCUGUCUGUCUGUCUGUCAGUCUGUCCCACUUGGUUUUCCGCACUUUUCUUCUAAACGCUUGCAGAUAUUGAGCUGAUUUUUGGUAUGUAAGAGUAUCUUGAUGAGUUACAGAUCAAGUUUGCAUUUCGUUCCGCUUCAUUGAUUUUUGACGGAAUUACGGCCUUUUCAAUUUCUAGGGGUUUUCCGCAAUUUUCUUCUAAACGCUUUCAGAUAUUGAGCUGAUUUUUGGUAUGUGACUUUACCUUGAUUAGUUAUAGAUCAAGUUUGCAUUUCGUCCCGCUUCAUUGAUUUUUGACGGAAUUAUGGCAUUUUCAAUUUUUAACGGGAACCAGAUUACACUUGCCGGUACGGGACUAGUAUUGCUAAUGCAAUACUCUGAGAAUGCUUGUUACUAGUAUAUCUUUAAUUUCACUAUAAAUCAUUAUAUUUUGCCGAUUCCAAAUAAUAUCGUCGUAAAAAAAAAGAUUCUCUGUAAAAAGGUGUGCCUGUUUGGAUACACAUCUAUUCGGAGCAUCGAAUAACUCUUAAGAAAUUGCUGAUAUGAUCUUGAAAAUCCAUUAUUGUCUGUAUCGGUUAUCGGUGAGAUUCAAGUUCCCCGCAAAUAUGUCUACGGUAUUUCCCGAGACGAAGCGGGGAGGGGAGAAUAGGCUUGCUCGCGGGGAAUUGGAAUCUUGCUGAUUCCCUCACUCAUAUACUUUAUCUGUGUAUUAUUAGUCCCCUACCGGUGAAACCGGAGGGGACUAUAGGUUUCCUCUGAGUCUGUCCGUCCGUCUGUCUGUCUGUCUGUCCCUCUGUCAGUCUGUCCCACUUGGUUUUCCGCACUUUAUUCCUAAACGCUUGCAGAUAUUGAGCUGAUUUUUGGUAUGUGAGUGUAUCUUGAUGAGUUACAGAUCAAGUUUGCAUUUCGUUCCGCUUCAUUGAUUUUUGACGGAAUUACGGCCUUUUCAAUUUUUACGGGUUUUCCGCAAUUUUCUUCUAAACGCUUGUAGAUAUUGAGCUGAUUUUUGGUAUGUGGCUUUACCUUGAUUAGUCAUAGAUCAAGUUUGCAUUUCGUCCCGCUUCAUUAAUUUUUGACGGAAUUAUGGCAUUUUCAAUUCUUAACGGGAACAGAACCAGAUUACACUUGCCGGUAGGGGACUAGUAUUGCUCAUGCAAUACUCUCAGAAUGCUUGUUUAAUUUUAAAAAUUACUAAGGAAGGUACCAUGGAACAAUCACUCAUGAAUGUGUCAGAAUUACGAAUACAUGUACAUUUAAAAAAAUCUUUUCCAUCUGUUUUCAAACAAAGGUUUUUGAAAUUUCAUAUCAAUAAUAAUUGAGGAAUAAAAAUUGCUUCUUGUAUAUCGUAUAGAUUUAACAACAUUAUUUUUAAAUUAAAAAAUGUACAUUUAG